CGUCAAUAACUCCAUAUACUGCACUAAAUAGCCUCAAAAUGUCGCUCAAACUUUUUGGCUUGGCAAUAUUAAGCAUCAUUUUGUACACAACAGUACCCACACAAGCUGGCGUCAUACACCCUGAGAAGUUGAUUGAGUCACCCGCAACAGAGCCACAAACCAUUGCAAGCGAUCUGCCGGAAAGCAGAACAAUCUCGGUUAAUGUGACUAGCGACACUCCCAGCAGAUAUGAAGAUUCGACUCUUAGAAACGCCGUAGCUUCUCUAGAUCCAGCGCCAGGCACAAUUGAGGGCAUUGAGAUUACUUUGGACACAGUAGAAGACAAGCAAGAGGAACCAAAGCCAAAGAAAGAUGAAGAAAAACAGUCGGUGGAUGAGCAAAACACAGAAGAAACGGAAGAGUCCAAUAUUGUAGCUAAUGAAAAUAAAGAUGAAUCCGCAAUAAACAGAGAUGAAGCGACUAACACCAAAGUUAAUGCUGACGAAAGUGAUAGCCUUGCAAGUGAUACACCGCCCAGCAACGCACAAUCCGCAACUCAAACUCAAAAAUCUUCCAAGCUGCUACUCCUGAGCACGCCGCGCAUCCGCCGCGAGCAGGAGGAGAAUAUUGCAGAGCCCGAGGAUGUUGAUAUCAAUACUGCAGUAUCUACAGACGAAACCACCGAGCUGAGUAUUGAGAUUCGAGCUAAGGACGAAAAGUCAAGCGAAGAGAGCGUGGAGAACGACAAGAAGGUGGCGACUGAAGAACCCAGCUUCUUUACACGUGUAAGUGAGGCAAUCUUUGGUAAAAAAUCAGCGGACGAGCCAGCCAAACCAGCUAAAGAUAAUAAGGAGGAGGAGGCGCAGAAACAGAGCGAUGCAGUGGAGCAAGAGGAUAAAAAGGAGAUUAAGAAAGACGACGAUAUCGUCAUUCCAGCCGCUGCUGAGCAGACACCAGAGACGCAUAAUGACAAUUCCGGUACAGCAGUGUUGAUCGAAACCGAGCCCGAAUAUGUGCUCAUCGACUCAGAUGUAGAGCACCUGGAGCAUAUCGGCAGUUUCACACAUGCCGACAGCGCUGAACAUCUGCAGCCCAUUGUGCACUCAGUGGAAGUGGUGCCAUCGCAUUUCGAAGAACCUUUACUCUUCACAAGCAGCUACGUGCAUGCCUGGUAGUCGUUUGGCGUAGACUGAGAAAGGAUUUAUUGUUAAACUAAUUUUAAUGAUAUUCUUUAGUUGCAUCAGUUUAUAAUUCUUCCUCUUCUUUGCUCUCCU